AUGGCGAAAAGUACCAAAAAGUCCACUCGUAAAUUCGAGAAGAAUCAUCUUAAGGAUACAUUGGAGAAGCGCAAAGAUGGAGCAAAGUAUAAGCAGAGACAACAAAUGAAAGCAAAGCGAACAGCACGAAAUGCCAAGGAUGCCGAAUUUUUGGGAGGAAAAGAAGGUGGAGAGGAGGGUUCAAAAGCCAAACCGUCUGCAAAAGAGGAUGCAUUCGGGAAGAUGAGCGUUGAUGAUUUCUUCCAAGGUGGUUUUGAAGUCCCAGAAAAGCUUGAGAAAAAAUCGAAACCAAAGAAAGGAGCAGAGAAAUUGGGAAAGAGGAAGAGAACUGAGCCCGAGGAGGAGGAAGAAAACGAAUCAUCAUCUGACGAUUCAAUUGGGGAGGCUCCAGUAAUGAGUGAUAGCGAAGAUGGUGAUGAUGAUGAGGAAGGAUUGACUGGUAUGAGCAAGAGUGCCAUGGAUGCUCUCGCUGAGAAGGAUCCGGAAUUUUACAAAUAUCUCAAGGAGAACGACCCAGAAACUUUGGAUUUCGAAGACGAUGCGGAUUUUGCUGAGGUUGACGAAUUAAGUGGCGAUGAAGACGAGCAACCGCAAAAGAAGAAACAAAAGAAGUCGAAGAAGGCAAAGAAAGAGCAGGUGGCAGAGGAGGAGGAAGAGGAGGAAGUUGAAGAGGAAGAUGCCUCAGAGGUCACAAAAGCAAUGGUGAAGAAGUGGAACAAAGCCAUGACCGAGCAAAAGUCUCUGCGGGCCAUGCGACAAGUUGUUCUAGCAUUCAGAGCAGCUGCGCAUGUCAAUGAAGACGACGGAAAGGAAUACAAAUAUUCAAUAUCGAAUUCUGAUGUCUACCACGAGCUCCUGCUUAUUGCUUUGAAGCAAGUUCCCGAGGUUCUCAAUCAUCAUCUUCCAGUCAAGGAGACUGCGGCUGGCAAAGUCCGAGUAUCAACGGACUCGAAAAAGUUCAAGACGCUGUCACCCCUCUUGAGAUCACACAUUACCUCUGUUCACAUCUUCUCUCUUCUCUUUCCGAUGCUUCUACCCUCAAACUCACACUUUCCUCUGUCAUACCACUUUUACCAUAUCUUUUAUCGUUUAAGAAAGGUUCUCAAAAAUGUCGUUAAGACUGUGGUAGACAUCUGGUCCGAUGCCUCGAGCACAGAAGCAACCCGAAUCACUGCUUUCUUGGUCAUCCGACGCUUGGCAAUAAUUGGUGAUGCUGGAUUAAGGGAAGCUGUUAUGAAAACAGUUUACCAAGGGUUGCUCAAAGGAAGUCGGAAUACUACCAUACAUACUAUCCAGGGAAUAAAUCUUAUGAAGAACUCCGCUGCUGAAUUGUGGGGAAUCGAUCAAGGUGUUGGAUAUACCACAGGUUUUACAUUUAUUCGACAAUUGGCAAUCCACUUGCGAAGCAGCAUCACAAAUAACCAGAAGGAAUCAUACAAGCAAGUCUACAACUGGCAAUACGUCCAUUCUCUUGAUUUCUGGUCGACUGUUCUAGCUGAGCACUGCAAUUCUUUGAAGGAGGCCGAAACAGGAAAAGAAUCCCAACUUCGGCCGCUCAUUUAUCCAACCGUUCAAGUCACACUCGGAGCUAUGCGUCUCAUUCCAACUUCUACUUAUUUCCCACUUCGAUUCCACUUGAUCCGUUCAUUACUUCGACUGUCCCGAGCCACUGGAACAUACAUUCCUUUAGCAUCUGUUUUACUCGAGGUUCUUAAUUCCGCGGAAAUGAAGAAGUCUCCGAAGCCGAGCACACAAAAGUUCUUCGAUUUUACAUCCAAUUUCAAAGCUCAAAAGUCAUAUCUUCGUACACGAAUUUACCAAGAUGGUAUUGGAGAGCAGGUGGCUGAAUUACUUGCCGAAUUUUUUGUCCUCUGGUCUACUAGCAUUGCACUUCCAGAACUCACAUUGCCAGUUGUCGUAAUGUUGAAGAGAUGGCUUAAAGAUGCUUCAAACAAGAGCUCUGGAAACAAGAAUAGCAAGGUGAAUUCCAUGUUUGUACUCCUCAUCCAAAAAUUGGAGGCAAACUCGAAAUGGAUCGAGGGAAAGAGAGCUAAGGUUGAGUUCGCUCCCAAUGAUCGAGCUGGAGUUGAUGGUUUCCUGAAAGGAUUCGAAUGGGAGAAGACUCCACUGGGAGCAUUCGUUGUUGGACAAAGGAAGCAGAGAGAAGAGAAGGCAAAGAUGUUGGAAGAGGGUAGAAGGGAAGAAGAUAGGAAGAGAAAGUUGGAGAGAGAGCAAGAAAAGGAGAUGGGCAGUGAUGACGAUUCUGAGGUGGUGUCAGAUGAGGAAGAAGACUCUGAAGCGGGCUUUGAGGGUGAAGAGUAA